AGUCCGAGUGCCCGGAUGUAGUCAGCGCUAUAUAUGAGGCGGUUGAGAGCGCGGGAGAGAUUCUACGUUUGAACUGUACGUCGCAGAAAGAAACCGAUCGCAAUCAUGGCUGGUGGAAAAGCUGGAAAGGACACAGGCAAAUCAAAGGCUACAUCGGUUACCCGCUCAGCCAGAGCUGGACUGCAGUUUCCAGUUGGUCGUAUCCAUCGACUUCUGAAGAAUAGGACCACAAGUCAUGGCCGUGUGGGUGGUACUGCUGCAGUAUACACUGCUGCUAUCCUGGAGUAUCUUACUGCUGAGGUCCUUGAGUUGGCAGGAAAUGCUUCAAAAGAUCUGAAAGUAAAACGUAUCUCCCCACGUCAUUUACAACUUGCCAUCAGAGGAGAUGAAGAACUGGAUGCUCUUAUAAAGGCUACAAUUGCUGGAGGCGGUGUCAUUCCACAUAUUCACAAGUCCCUCAUCGGAAAGAAAGGUCAACAGAAAACCGUUUAGUUGUGGUCAUUAUGAGGACACUACACACUCAAGCUUGGUUAUGGACUUUUUGAAACCAGUUCCUGGACGCUAGUUGGUCCUCCUGGAUACAGCUGUGGUGGUGCCACAAAGCAUCAGGAUUGGAAUCUUUAUCCAUUUUUAAGCUACAUUUGCUUCGAAGACGUAAAUUGAGAAAUGGCUCAGAUGGGCUAUUAUGUGGUUUUAAAACAGUUUUGGUUUUUUAAAUAUUUUGGGGACUUGUUUUCUAUGGACUUUAGUGUAAUUUGAUUCUCUUGUCGUUGCUCAAUAAAUGAGUACUCCGCA